AUGUCUAAGAAGCAUAAGUUAGAGGAUUAUGAGAUGGUGAAGCUAACAGAUGAGUGUAGUGCUAUUAUAAAGAGACAACUACCAGAAAAGUUGAAAGAUCUGGGUAGUUUUACUAUUCCAUGCAUAAUUUUUGAGCUUCAUAUUGAGAAGGCUUUGCGUGAUUUAGGGGCUAGCAUCAAUCAAAUGCCUCUCUCUAUCUUUCAAAAUCUUAAUCUUGGAGAGGUCACACCAACUACUAUUUCUCUACAAUUGGCGAAUCAUUCUUUAACUUAUCCAAGAGGUAUCAUUGAGGAUGUUUUAGUUAAGAAUGAUAGAUUUAUUUUUCCAGUUGAUUUCAUGGUACAAGACAUGGAUGAAGAGCAAGAAAUUCUUAUAAUAUUAGGAAGACAUUUUCUUGCUACCGAAAAAGCUUUGAUAAAUGUCUAUGAUGGUAACUUGACUUUAAGGGUAAAUAGUGAAGAUGUGAAGUUCAAUAUUAGUAAUGAUAUGAAGAUUCCUAAGGAGCACCCAAAUUUUAAGAGAGCUAAUGUAGUUACUCUAUGCAUGAGGGACUUUUUCAAGACCAUGUUUCAUAGUGACCCUUUGGAGAUAUGUCUUACAAUGCCAAAUUCUUGA